AUGAGAGGAGGGCAGAAACCGAGACAGGAGAGAGAAAGUACCACUAAAAGCAGAGCGCACGCAAUUUCAAAUGAAUUACUAAUGGAUGAAGAGUUUGCAGAAAAUAUAAAUAAAAAUAAUAUGAGAAACACGCCAUCCAUUCCCGUUGAGGCAAGCGAAAAAAGAGAGAAAAAGAUACAAGAAAUAAUAAACCGGCUGGAAAGGUCAAAAUAUUUAAACCACACAGAAGAGGCCCCAAUAGAGAGAAGUCCAGCAACAAGAAGCCAGCGCAGAAACUCAAACGGCUUUAGCACUUCAUCAAAAGAAAGAAGUGACCGCGAGUGCCCGAUAAAAAGCAAGCAGAAAAAAACAAAUGAAGUACGGGCAGGGUCUUCGCUUAUUUUACCAAUUCGCACAGCCAACUCACAACGAAUAGAUCCAACACAGCACACAUUUAAUCAGCUUAUAGAAUCAUCUCCAGUAAUUAACCAAAUGAAAAAUAUAUUAGAAGGAAUAACCACGCUAUUAAACGCAAAGGCAUUAGAAGAGGCACCAAAGGAAGAAACACCAGAAAUGCCGGUUAAAAGCGAAAAAAUAACAGAAAUAUUUGAGAAUGGCAUGUCUUCAUAUGAUGAGUCGUUAGAAAAGGAAUUGUUACAAGAAAACCAGGAUGUAUACCCAGAGGUAGUGUAUGAAGAAAUUCUUGACAACAAUUUUUAUCAGCCAAAUAUGUCUUAUAACACAAAAAUCCCUGCUAAGAAAGAAAGGAAGAGAAAGAGAUUGACACAAGAGAAAGCACAAUUAUGUCUAGAAGAAAUGACAAAAAGAGAAAUUUCUAGAAGAAAUAACCGGUAUCUUUUUUAUAGAAUAUCAAACAUGCCGCCUAUUAACUGUGCAAUUGCUAAACUACAGCAAAUUUGGUGUACAAUUGCAGAUUUACGUCUUAUAGAUCUAGGGAUGAUUGUUAUGUUAGACAAAACAGAGGCACAGUUUAUUAUUUCGCAGAAAUCUAUAAAAAAGCUGGACCUAAUUACAGAGGGCUAUAUGAAACUCAAUUCCGAAGUCAUUUUAACCGGCCCACUUAAAGAUCCGUUAGAGCACAAGAAUUAUACAAAAGAAUUAGUUUUAGAUUUAAUAAAAGAAAGGUCGGCCAAAGUUUUACAAAACACAAAAAACGAAGCGUGCAGCAUUUACAAAUUCUGCAAAAAAAUCAAGGACUGCACAAGUGUGAAAGACUUCUACAGCAAAGUGCACACAGAUUCAUAAUAAAUGGAC